GAAGAGAAAGAAUUGGUUAAACAAAAUGGAAGGCCAAAACAACAAAAUGAUUAGGAAUAAUAAUUCUCUUCUCCUUCAAUUAUUUUCCUUCCUUUUAUUAUUAUUCCCACAGAUCAUACAAUCACAGGAGAAAUCUUUUUCUCGCCAACCUUCUGGUCAAUUUAUUUUCACUCCCCAUGAACGCUCAGAUUCUGAACCUCAACAGGUUCACAUAUCAUUGGUGGGGAAAGAUCACAUGAGAGUGUCAUGGGUAACAGAAGACAAGCAUGCAAGAUCAGUGGUGGAGUAUGGAACAAAACAAGGAGGAGAAUAUGAAGCAAAAUCAAAGGGGGAACACACUUCAUACAAUUAUUUCAUGUACCAAUCAGGGAAGAUCCACCAUGUGGUUAUUGGGCCUUUGAAGCCCAAUACCAAUUACUUCUAUAGGUGUGGUGGUUUGGGCCCUGAGUUUUCCUUCAAGACUCCUCCACUCAAUUUCCCCAUUGAAUUUGCGGUUGUAGGUGACUUGGGACAAACAGAAUGGACAGCAUCAACCUUAAAACAUGUUAACAGCAAAGACUAUGAUGUGUUUUUAUUACCGGGUGACCUAUCCUAUGCUGACACACAGCAACCACUAUGGGAUUCCUUCGGUCGCCUGGUGGAACCAUACGCCAGCCAGAGACCAUGGAUGGUCACUCAAGGCAACCACGAAGUUGAGAUCUUACCGAUUACCGAACCAACCGGUUUCAAGGCCUACAACUCCCGCUGGCCCAAUCCCCACAAAGAAAGUGGGUCCAACUCAAACCUCUACUAUUCCUUUGAGGUUUCUGGGACCCACAUUAUUAUGUUGGGGUCAUACACUGAUUUUGAUGACCAAUCAGAGCAGUACACGUGGCUUGUAAAUGACUUGGGGAAGGUUGAUAGGAAGAGGACUCCAUGGGUGGUUGUGUUGUUGCAUGCACCUUGGUAUAACACGAAUGAGGCACAUCAAGGUGAAGGUGAAAGCAUGAGAAAAUCCAUGGAGGUUUUGCUUUAUGAGGCUUGUGUUGACUUGGUCUUUGCUGGCCAUGUUCAUGCAUAUGAACGCUUUACUAGGGUUUAUGACAAUAAUGUGGAUCCAUGUGGUCCAAUGUACGUGACAAUUGGAGAUGGAGGAAAUCGUGAAGGACUUGCAUUAUCGUGAGAUACUAACUAUUACUAUUGAUUAAUUAAGUUAAUUUUCCGUAAUU